UGUUUAUUUAUUGCUUCCAGUGUGUGAGGAGCAGCGGUUUUGCAUGAUAUAAGGAAACCCGGAAAUGUGUCUGUUAUUGCUUCAGGACGCGGAAGUGUCGCGGAGCUGCAGGAGAGAGAGCGGAGUGUGUGAUUAGCUGCUGACAGAGUGUCGAUAACACACGGCGGUCCUCUGCUGCACAUUGAAAUUUUCCUGACACAUAGAGGAGGAUGUCUGCGACCGUGAAGAAUCCUUUUCAACAUAUAGUUGAGUCUCUGGACGCAGAUGAUCCAACCCUGCAGUUUUACAAUCUUUCCAAACUCGGAGAUCCCAGAUAUGACCGUCUGCCCUACUCCAUCCGGGUCCUCCUGGAGUCCGCUGUCAGGAACUGUGAUGAGUUCCUGGUUAAGAGCUCAGAUGUUGAACGCAUCCUGAACUGGAAGGAAACCCAGACUCAGACUGUGGAGGUCCCGUUCAGACCGGCCCGCGUCAUACUGCAGGACUUCACUGGCGUCCCUGCUGUGGUGGACUUUGCAGCGAUGCGAGAUGCAGUGAUGAAGCUCGGCGGGGACCCAGAGAAGAUUAAUCCAGUCUGUCCUGCUGACCUCGUCAUCGAUCACUCCAUCCAAGUGGACUUCAACAGGAAGUCUGACAGCCUCCAGAAAAACCAGGACCUGGAGUUUGACCGUAACAGAGAAAGAUUUCAGUUCUUAAAGUGGGGCUCGAAGGCGUUCAGGAACAUGCGAAUCAUUCCUCCCGGUUCAGGGAUCGUCCACCAGGUCAACUUGGAGUACUUGGCCAGAGUGGUCUUCAAACAUGAAGGGUACUUCUACCCAGACAGCCUCGUGGGCACGGACUCUCACACCACAAUGAUCGAUGGACUGGGAGUCCUGGGAUGGGGUGUGGGCGGUAUCGAGGCAGAGGCGGUGAUGCUGGGUCAGCCAAUCAGCAUGGUGCUGCCUGAGGUGGUCGGGUACAAGCUGAGCGGGACUCCCGAUAAAUUCAUCACCUCCACUGACAUCGUCCUCACUGUCACUAAGCACCUCCGUCAGGUCGGCGUGGUCGGGAAGUUUGUGGAGUUUUUCGGGCCGGGUGUCGCUCAGCUGUCCAUCGCCGACCGAGCCACCAUCGCUAAUAUGUGUCCAGAGUACGGAGCCACGGCUGCAUUCUUCCCUGUGGACAACGUCAGCAUUCAGUACCUCGAGCAGACCGGGCGAGAGGAAGAGAAGCUGGCCUACAUCACAAAGUACCUGAAGGCUGUGUCCAUGUUCAGAGACUACAACAACGUCUCCCAGGAUCCAGACUUUACUCUGGUCGUGGAGCUGGACCUUAGCACUGUUGUUCCAUGCUGCAGUGGACCUAAGAGACCUCAGGACCGGAUCGCCGUGUCAGAAAUGAAGAGCGACUUCGAAGCCUGUCUGGCAGCAAAGACAGGCUUCAAAGGUUUCCAGGUUCCUCCUGAGCGUCACAACUCGUCGGUUCCCUUCCAGUUCAACGGAAAAGAGUUCACGUUGAGUCACGGCUCGGUGGUCAUUGCUGCCAUCACCAGCUGCACCAACACCAGCAACCCGUCUGUGAUGCUGGGAGCAGGACUCCUGGCAAAGAAGGCGAUCGAGUGUGGUCUGAGCAUGAAGCCGUACAUAAAGACGAGUCUGUCGCCUGGCAGCGGAGUGGUCACCUACUACCUGAAGGAGAGCGGCGUCAUGGACUACCUGUUCAAACUGGGCUUCGAGGUCGUCGGUUACGGCUGCAUGACGUGUAUAGGAAACAGCGGGCCGCUCCCAGAGCCGGUGGUGGAGGCGAUAACACAGGGGGAUCUGGUCGCUGCAGGAAUCCUCUCAGGAAACAGAAACUUUGAAGGCAGAGUUCAUCCGAACACCCGAGCAAACUACCUGGCCUCUCCUCCGCUCGUCAUUGCCUACGCCAUCGCCGGCACUGUGAGAAUAGACUUUGAGACAGAGCCAAUCGCUGUGAACUCUGAGGGUAGGGAGAUCUUCCUGAGGGACAUCUGGCCAACACGGGAGGAGAUCCAGGCGGUGGAGAGGACCUUUGUCAUCCCUUCCAUGUUUAAAGAAGUCUACGAGAAGAUCGAGAAAGUGAACGAACGCUGGAACGAUCUGGUCGCUCCCUCUGAUAAUCUCUACACCUGGGACGACAUGUCCACCUACAUAAAGUCUCCACCUUUCUUUGAUGGUUUGACCAUGCAGCUCCAUCCUCCUACAUCCAUCCAGGACGCCUUCGUGCUGCUGAACCUGGGAGACUCUGUAACCACGGAUCACAUCUCCCCUGCUGGAAAUAUCGCCCGGAGCAGCUCUGCAGCGCGCUACCUCACCGGCAGAGGACUGAACCCUCGAGACUACAACUCCUACGGCUCCCGGCGAGGAAACGACGCCGUCAUGGCCAGAGGGACGUUCGCAAACAUCCGCCUGUUCAACAAGUUCCUGAACAAGCAGGCGCCUCAAACCGUCCACCUGCCCACCGGAGACACGCUGGAUGUGUUCGAUGCUGCAGAGCGGUACCAGCAGUCCGGAGUCCCUCUGGUGGUCCUCGCAGGGAAAGAGUACGGAUCAGGCAGCUCCAGAGACUGGGCGGCAAAGGGUCCAUUCCUGCUGGGUAUCAAAGCUGUCAUAGCAGAGAGCUACGAGCGGAUCCAUCGCAGUAACCUUGUAGGGAUGGGUGUGAUCCCUCUGGAGUAUCUACCCGGGAACACCGCAGACAGUUUGGGACUGACCGGCCGAGAGCGCUACACCAUCAUCAUCCCGGAGCAGCUCACACCGCGGAUGAUUGUAGACGUGACGCUCGACACGGGGAAAACAUUCCAGGUGAGGAUGAGAUUCGACACCGACGUGGAGCUGGCGUACUUCCACCACGGAGGAAUCCUCAACUACAUGAUCCGCAAGAUGUCCGAAAACUAAGCUCAAAAAGUUCAGCACACGAGGAGAUAGAGGUUUCUGUGUCUCAGCUGCAGGGAGAUCAUGAAAUGUCUUACUGAAGAAUAAUGUCCAAAAAUAAUCCUAAGUGUGUCCAGGUUUGGUGCAGAGAGCCAUUCACAGCUAAAAACAGAUACCAUAAAGUUCUCGUUUUAAUGAGAAUGCUGCUACUUACUUCUGAUCACACAUCAGACCGAGACUGAAAUAUUAAAGACCUGAGAGGCGGAGAGGAAGGGGUGUCGUGUUUUCACCUUUAACUACUGAAGAACUAGUUUUUCUAAAUGUUUCUGCGACAAAAUACUCACAAGUUCAUUCAUUCUUUAAAUUCUAUGAAGCGGUGCUAAAAAGUUCCUCAAUGAGCCUGAAGUUUGUGCCAUCCAAGACUUAAAACUCUUUGGACUUUUUCCAAAGUGGGAUCUUCUUUUUCUUCUGAUUCAGGUGAAUUUUUUUCCUAUAAAAGGUGAGCCAAUUCAAUAUUCAACAGCCCUACUUAUCUCAACUGUUAUCACUUUAUCAAACUUAUGUUUCACCAAUAAAAACAAGUGGAAAAAAUGUCAAAAAAUGCACCUGGAAAAAAAAUAGUGUUUUCAUUUUUUUGCACUUUGCAAAAUAAUUUAAUGUUUCUUUUCUCAAAACCAAAAAAAAUGUCUUCUCUUCAUUCUCUACAAUCUACAUAUUCUGUCUCUCUUCGGCUAAAGGCAAAAAAUAGCCAUAAAGGAUAACCUCCAAACUCCAGACUUCCAAAAACAAGCCUGAAAAAAAGUUUUCUUUUACAUACGAAAGUUUUCUUCCUCGGCUGUUUUCAGCGGUUCUUGUUUCCAUGGAUGAUUUCUUAAGUUAAAUUCACAGCCAGGGGUGAGAUCAGGGAGAAGAAAGUUUUGCCAAGAUUUUUUUUAACUCACAUUUUCUUACAUUAGCCAAUAUCCAUCCGCCAAUUAAUCAUCUGCCAAACUUCUUUUUCCAACUUAUAACAAGUUCUCUUAAAACCAUCAAGUGUUGUCAGUUUGAAAAAUCAUGUUUUCAGGCCUCAUUUUCUAAUCGUAAAAUGUAAUACCAAUUUCAGCCACUAGAGGAUGAAGAGCGCCAACGUGUUCAAAAACGGUCCGAAAAAAGACUUAAAGUUUUCCUGUUUUCUUCAUGUUAAAUUUGAUUUCUUGUUGCACACUUAACACGAGUUACUUCCUGUUUACUGUUCAUUAUUUACCGUCUUUCAGCAGCUUAUCUCAAAUGACCUUCAUGACUACGACUUUUCAGUUUUUUCUGUAAGUCCUAAACAAAGAAAGCAAACGAAUCUUCAGAAAACACACCACCACUGUCUUUCUCUCCUGCCUCUCAGGUUCAGCGUACUGAAUUUAUAAAAGAUUUAUAUAAAUAUAUUAACUGACUAUAAGAGAUGUGAAUAUUAUAGGUGAAACUAAAAGGCAUGAUGAUGCUUGAUUUAAAGAUCCAGCUCCACCAGACUUCCUCCAGUCAUUCAUUCAUUUCAUCCUCACAUUAACUCGUCAUGUCCAUCACUCAAACGCGCUCAUUCAUCGCUCAAACAUUCCAAACUUUACUCGUCUUCGUCUCCGUGUGGUGUUUUUGGCUGCCUUAUUUUAUAAUUCAGAUGUGUGUGUGUGUGUGUGUUUGUCCUGAAACGAUUUGAUUCUGAAGACUGAAGAAAUCAUGUUUGUGUGUCACUGUGUGAAUACAUUUAACUCUUUAAAUCAAAUAAAUUGUGAUUCUUUUUGCCACUA